AUGGAGUUAAACAGUCAUUAGGAAAAGUCUCGCAUGCUCAAAUUGAAAUAACAAGCAGCCUAUUGUUCACAUCUCCUUAUUCACACGUCAGACAGCCAAUGUGCCAUAUUUUCAAACAGAAUGGAAAAAAAAAUGCUUCUUAUCAGCAAAGAACUGAGGAAUUUACAUUUUAUAGCCAGGUAAUUAGCCCCUAUAUCUCUGCCCACCUAGUGCUGCCACAAGAACAGGCAGCUCUGCCAGUGAUGUAACUACUGAACACUCGGGUGGACCGGAUUGAACAAAUGAGGGAGAGUGAGAAGCCAUGGAGAAAGUGUUCCAAGUCCUCAGGGUGAAGAACCAGCUUUUUAGGGAAUGUCUUGCUGAACUUUUGGGUGAUUACGUGCUGAUAAUUUUUGGCUGUGGAGCAGUGGCUCAGGUCACCACAAGCUAUGAUACAAAGGGGCAGUUUCUUUCCAUCAACCUGGCAUUUGCUAUUGGCAUCACUUUUGGUGUUCACAUUGCUCAUGGAAUUUCAGGUGCCCAUUUGAACCCUGCAGUCUCUCUUGCUUUUUGUUUAAUUGGUCGCUUCCAAUGGAGCAAGCUUCCCUUCUACGUGUUAUCUCAGAUUAUUGGUGCAUACCUGGGUGCUGCCACUGUGUUUGCACAGUAUUAUGAUGCUAUCAUGAGUUAUGGUGGUGGCAAUCUGACUGUCACCGGCCCUACAGCAACAGCCUAUAUCUUUGCAACAUACCCUGCAGCAUACCUGACAACAGCAAAUGGAUUUGUAGACCAGGUGGUUGGCACUGGCGCUCUGCUUCUCUGUCUUAUGGCUCUUGUCGACACUCGUAAUUCACCUGCUCCAAAGGGACUGGAACCUGCAUUAGUGGGAACAAUUGUUCUUGUAAUUGGAAUUGCAAUGGGUUCCAAUUGCGGUUAUGCUAUCAAUCCAGCCCGUGACCUGGGACCACGGCUCUUCACAUAUACAGCUGGCUGGGGUUUGGAUGUUUUCACGGCAGGAAAUUACUGGUGUUGGGUGCCUCUGGUUGCUCCUUUGGUUGGUGCAAUUUUGGGAUGUAUCAUUUAUCUGCUCUUCAUUGAAAUUCACCAUUCAAGAAAAGAGGAUGAAAAACAGACAAAUGAGAGAGGCAAUACUGAAUAUGACAUUGAUCUGGAUGAAUGGAAGCCCAACAAAAGGAAUCUAACAACACUUACAGCAUCUGACAAAGUACACAUCAUCAACAACCCCUUUCAGGAAGGACAGUCAGAGAACUCUGAUUGGAAGAAGUCAUCGUGUAAUGAAGAAUGUAUUGUCAAUAGAUUUUAAAAGAGACCCAGAAAAAGACUAUAAUUGGAAUUGAUUGUCUGAGGUAGACUCAUGAAUAAAGUAAAAUGCAGGAGGGAAAAUGAACUCUACAAGAAUAGUCACAUAUAAAUGAAAAAGUAUAUGAUGAGUAAUUUCCAUCUUUGUUGUCAUAAGGUCACUUUGUACAGUCUUCAGUUGCAGAUGAUAAUACAUGGUACAGCUUCUGUUUUAGUGCUGUGGACGAAAAGGGACAGUCAUGAGCAGUCCCUAAACUCAAACAAAAAGAAAUGAAAAAAGGAUGAUUAUUAGAAAACUAGUAAUAAACAAAAGGGUACAGAAAGGUACAAAAUAACCUCAACACAAAACCACAAAUUUUAGAGCUUCUCUAGGAAUACUUAUUAAGUUAGUCACAUGCUGUUGAGUAGUUUGGCUGCUCAUUUGCCUACCUGUAAGUAACAUUUGGAUUCCUGUCUCCCCCUUCUCUCUUUCUCCUUUCAAUCGCCUGUCUUCCUCUCACCAAUUCACCAUUUGCCAGACAUUUACUACUAACUGUACAUCAAGUAGUAGACUGAGGAAGAGGCUUUUAAGACAUUUCCAGUCACUACUUCCAAAAUCUUGUUUACAUUAACAUUUUGUAUCAGAAAUGUCUUCUGCAAUACCUGACCCCAUCCUCUUAGAUCUCCAUCUAGCAGUUACAGGUGUCUCUACAGUUCUGAGUUCCUGCUCCCAUUUGAAGGGACAAGUUUUCACCAGGUCACCUCUUAACCAUAAGACAUAGCGGGGGGCCACAUAUAUUGUAAAGGGCUUCUCAUUGCUGUUUCUAGGUGAUUGUGGGAUUUGUUUUAAAUGAACAAAGAACUCCUAUUGCCCUGUUUUCUAUCUCUGUGCCCCCUGAGCUAACACAUCUAGGGCAUCUCUCCAAUUAACAUAACCUCCAUUACUCCAUCCUUGCCCUCUGCUGACUGCAAUGUUGAUUUUACCUGGUACCCCUUUACCAUGCUCUGAAGACUCUUACAACAUACAGGAGGCAUACAUGAAUUAGUUUUACUUACAGUAUUGAAAUCUUUAAUUGUGAGUAAGUACAGUUUUUUUUCAGAUGUUUUUAUAUAAAAUAAGCUUUGCUAUGAGGCAUGUGUCCAGCAGGAGGUGGAUGCUCCCUGGGAAUCUGCUCUUUUUAAAAGUGCAGCUACUACAAUCAUCUCUCCCUCCUACAGCAGACAUAUUAAGAGAAAUAUGGCACAAAAGAAGAGAUAUUUUUCACUUGUUUUUAAAUGCAGCUAUCACUCCUAUACAUUAUACAUAUACAAAUAUACUGUAUACUUUGAACAGUAAAAUUGUCUUACAUUUCUUCAUUGGAGUCUACAAAAAUUGUAUGUUCACCUUUGGCAGAGCUGGGGGGAUUUUUCUAGGCAUAGGCUAGAUAGGAUAUCUUUUGUCUGCCCAUUUCUGAAGGUUUAGCUUUAAUUGGGUCAUCACAUCUCAUGACAAUUCUUUGUUCCACAUGCAGUCACUCACAUUAUUCUUGUGAUAAAUGUGAUAUGUCAGUUAGGCUCCAUUCUUAUCGAUUCAGCACGUUCUUUGACCAUUCAUACAUGGCUACCAAAAUUGCACCUGUUUCAACCUUGUUUUAACCACUCCUUUUACAAAUUUAAUUUUGUUGCAGUUUGCUACUGCUUGUGGUCUCAGUCAGCAAGUCUUAUAUGCUGAACUACAAUUUUUUUUUAAAUACAGAUAUGUAAGCCUAGCAGAAGGAGUAUUAAAAAGCAAUCAGACACACAGAUUAGUGUCACUUUAAACUCAAGUUGUUUUCUAUAAAACACUAACAAUAUACUUGUAAAAAAUCUCUGAACAGGAAUGUCUAACUUGCCUCUUCUGUCUUUACUCACGUAGAAAACGCAUAUAGUUUAAAGUUUUAACUGUGUAGAAUGCUGCAGUUCACGAAAACCUGCAAUAUCUCAAAUCCAAAAUCUAGUGAACUGUACAAUUAAGCUUGUUUGAAGAAAUAAAUAUAAUAAGAGCUUAAGAAGCCAACUAAGGUUUCUUAAAUUUAAUUAAAGCAAGUCCCAUUGCCAAUUUAUAAGCUUUGAAUUAGUGUAAGGUUAACAUAACCAUUAAGUCUCUUUAGCCUUAACUGAAAGUGUAAAUUUACACUGUGGACAUUUCUACUCUUUGUAGUGCAGUAUAUUUCAACAUACCUGCUGUACGUCUCUGAUUUUGUCAUAUCUCAGCACUCGGUUUUCUACAAAAAAACAGUGCACUUACUUUAGAAGGUGCCUUUUUCCUACAUACAUUAUUCAUAUUUUUGCUCUGUGUUCAUUAUCUUAUCAUUCCAAUACAGAAUAACACUGAGUUAGACACAGUUAACUGUUGUAUACUAUUUGCACAUUAACCACACUGCUAACAGUUCAUAGUGAGACUGGCAGCUGCUCAGCAGUUACUCUGGUGAUUAGACAGCCAUUAAUGAGUGUGAACACUUUGUAACUGGGAGCACUAAAGACAGAAAUAUGAAUGCAAUGUGAUUAUCCAACAGAAAAUGAGUCUCCUUUUAGAAAGGCAAUAAUUCAGUGUUUAAAUCAAUAUGACUCAAUUAUUAUUCUAAACAUGCAAUUGCUAAUAAAAAAGUAAACUUACAAUUACUAAUUCAGGACAGCACAACCUUCAAAUGUAUUGUGAUUCAAAUCUGCUAGUAUCCACAUUUCGAAUUCUGCUGAGCAUGUACUUUAUCUUCUCUUUUGUGUCUAAUUCUGCAAAUAUAAUCUAAAAUGACUGACAAGCUAAUCAGUUAAUUUUAAUAAGCUAUGCUUAAUGUUGGUCUUUAAUGUAAUGCCUGGAAUUUUAGAUAAAAAAAUGAUGUAUGACUGAAGCCUUUUGUUCUUGAAGGCAAAUUUAAAUGGCUAAUUGCAUUUUUGCAUACAUUGGAACACUCUGUUUACUUCAGAUGUUUUUAUAGGCUCUGAGCCCAAGAAGGCAAUGUUUGGAAACAUAAAACACUCAGCAAGUCCAUUACAAUAUAUGCUAAGAACAUAAAAGUGUGCCUUCCAUGUAGGACUCUUUCUUAUGCAAAGAUGAAGGUCUUACUGUACCUAGACUGCUUUGGUUCUGUCACAGGUAAACAUAGCUUUGAGAGUAUGGCAAGCCAAAUGAUCAUUUAGAGAUGUUUUUAAAACAUUACAAAAAAAUCUCUAAAUGAUAUUUCAGCAUGCCAUAUGAAAGAGGUGUUUCCUUCAUAUGAAGACACUUCAAGCCUACUGUGUAUUGUUGGUCACAAGAGUACAAUCCUUCUCACACAAAUUUAAGAUUCUGACAUCUUCAUGUAAAAAGAUCUGAUCUAACUCCACAAAACUGG